AUGUCAAAUAAUAAUAAUAAAGCUUCAGGAUCAUACACUGCUAAGGAACAUCAAGAGUUCGUCAAUGCUGUAAUAUCCGCACUAGAAGCACCAGAGACUCCGACCACAGUUUCCUUGGAGUAUUCAAACGUUAAGAAUGAUGCUGCUGAAAUUCAAGCCUAUGCAAAAUUGGCAGGUUCUAAUUGGACUUAUUAUUUGAAAGAAGUGGAAGUUUCUAUUGGAAGAAACACAGAACCUACGGCCAAUAGUCAAUAUAAUGAAAAACCUGUAGACAUUGAUCUAGGCCCUGCAAAAGUGGUAUCGAGGAAACAUGCAGUGAUUAAAUAUAAUAGAGAACAAGGUGGUUGGGAAUUACAUGUAUUGGGAAGAAAUGGUGCUAAAGUUAAUUUUCAGAAAAUCCAAUCCGGUCAUAAUGUUUUGCCCAUCAGAUUAUCUUCUGGUACAGUACUAGACAUUGGUGGAACACAAAUGAUGUUUAUAUUACCAGAUCAGCAACCUUAUAUUUCUCCCUUAUGUUUAGAAGCUUUGAUUCCAAGACUAUUUACAUCGUACGGAAUGAAAGGUAACGAAAAUAAAAUACUACACGACGUCAUUAGAGAGUCAAGAUACUUCCAAGACUUUCAACAACAACAAGGCUCUCAGCAAGGCUUGGAACGUGGUGAGAUUAAUGACUCAGAACAACAACAACAACAACUGAAAAACCAGCCACAACAACAAAAGGUGAAAGCGUUCAAGAUGUAUGGCAGUGGAAAUUUAAAUUAUCCCAAUGGAACCCAAUUUGUCAAUCACCAGACACCAAUGAAUUCAUCUGAUAUGUUCAAUGUUAAUGAUGUCGGAAGAAGGUCAUCAAACACUUCUUCAGGAGGGACUCUCCCCGAUUCAAGAAACAUGUUAACCUCAUCAUUUCCUCAAUCGUUAGACUACGCCUCCGAUCUUUCUCGAGAUGAGAAUAAAGCUGUGAAACCACCACAUUCAUAUGCUACCAUGAUUACUCAGGCAAUCCUAUCCACUCCAGAAGGUGUCAUUUUAUUAGCUGAUAUUUACAAGUUCAUUUCAUCGAACUAUGCAUAUUAUAGAUUCGCCAAAUCAGGUUGGCAAAACUCAAUCAGGCACAACUUGUCUUUAAAUAAAGCCUUUGAAAAGGUUCCAAGAAAACCAAAUGAACCAGGUAAGGGUAUGAAAUGGAGAAUAAAUGCAGAAUAUCAAAAUGAUUUUAUUACAAAGUGGAAUACUGGUAAAAUUGGCAAGAUAAGAAGAGGCUCUUCAGUGGCUAGACAACUUCAAUUACAUAUGUCCAAAUUCAAUUCUUUGCCCAGUUCGAAUCCUGCACAAAACCAAGUAGUAGGCCAACAAACUCAACUAAAUCAACCACCUCCAGCGCCUCUCCCCCAACGACAACAACAGCAGCAAAGAAUGGAACCGCAGCAGCAGCAGUUUAUGAUUCAAUCACAACAGUCACAAGCUUAUACACCGGUGAAUCAAUUAAAUCAACAACCAAGCCGAAAUGGGCCGCCAAUUAUAAACGUACAUAAUGUGAAUAACGAUGUUCCUCCACACUAUCCGCUUGGUUUGAUACCGGAGCGUCCUCAAACCGAUAUGAACAAUAACCAAAUGAAACCACCAUCUAUGCCAGCACAUUUAAGUAGGAAUGCAAGUAAUAAUGCUCUAGUAUCAUUUACAAAAGCUGCUUCCAAAAUUCAAAAUAGUAUUUCACAGCAGAAAGCUCUACCACCAAUAGUGACGGGAGCUCAACCACAAACCAACUUAUCUCAGACGGACCCGUCCUCAAAUCAGCUAAAUGGAGCAUCAACUAACAUCCAACUUUCGCCAACGUAUGAUUCCUUACUGCGCUCGCCUACGAAAGCGUUUCAUAUCAAACAAAUGGAAGCAUAUACACCAGAGAGAGGCAGUGGACUCCAGAAUCGCUCCCCUCUUAAUAAUAACUAUUCAAACCAGAAUAUUUCAGGUAACGCUGCCACCCUAAACACUAAUAAUAAUAGGAAAUUAGCUGCACCUGUAUCCUCACUAACCGUUACCAAUCUGGAGAAUAAUCCAAAGUUUACUCCCUCAUCCAAUAAAUCACAAGGAAAUAGAAGCUCGCCCAAUGUCUGGAAUCUUCUACAAUUUAGUUCUGUUAAUAACACAGCAUCCAUCAUCAAUAACAAUGGUAGCAAUCAACCGGAGACUAAUAUAUCUAGUGAAUCUAAGGAGAUGGCUUCAUCCCCAUUGAAAAGACACGAUGAUUCGGAUCCUGCAGACGGUACUAAUGGAAAAAAAUUAAUGCUAGACACCGAUGGUGCCAAGAUUAGUGUGGUCAACGACUUAUAG